AUGGUGCACGGCCGACCCGCCUACCGGAAGCCCGGCACCAGGACCGUGAUCCGGUACUGGCCCGUGGCCGAUCGCUGGCUCAUCGACCGAGAAGGUGUGCAGGAGCGGUUCCGCGUGGGGGAGUCCGACGUCUGCAAUGCCUACGCGGAGCAGGGCGGCGCCCGACACCCCGCGGUCGAGGAGCUUGUGUGGCGGGUUUGGGAGUCUCAGCAUCGACAGCACGUGCGAGACCCAGAGUUCCUGGUCACCGCGGCACCGGGCACCAUUCAAGUCUUGGGACGCGCCAGUGGCAAAGAGAACUGGGCGCUGAAUGGAGAGUACAAGCUCAUCGGCCUGCACCAGGGGAAAGUGGCAUAUCAGAAGGCUGGCAAGUUCAAGCAGCUUGGACAGCAAAGGGCAGGGUAUUGGAGAGUGGGCGACAGGUGGCUGAUAGACCUUGAGGGCCUGCGCGACGUUGACAUUUGCAACGCUUACGCAGACGCGCAAGGUACCAGCUACCCAGGCGAGAUUCGACUUUCUUGGCACAUCUGGGAUUCCACGAGGCAGCGGCAUGUCCUCGAUAGCAGUCUUUGCACGCUGGUGACACCCUCGUGCAUUGAGGUAGUAGGCCGCGAGUCUCCCAAAGAGAACAUGGCCAUGAAUGGGAGCUACCACUUGGUGGGCCUGCAUGCUGGUCAGCCAGCGUACAUGAAGGCGGACGGCAGUGGACAUGCGAUCCGCUAUUGGCCGCGGGAGGAGCGAUGGCUCAUCGAUUUGGAUGGACUGCGAGACACCGAGAUCUGCAACGCCUACGCGGAAGCGGGUGGCACCGGAGCUCACAUGCAUCCAGGACACUUGAACCUUGUUUGGCAUGUUUGGGAGACCAGCCGUGGUCGACAUCUCACGGACCCCGCGGUGCGCUCGUUUGUGGCGCCGCACUACGUGAGGAUAUCUGGCAGAGAUCCCUAUAAGGAGAACUCCACCAUCAACGGCGAGUAUGAGCUUGUGAAAAUUGUGGAGGGGAAACCUGCGUACAAGAAGGCGGAAAGCGAGCACGUGAUUCGCUUCUGGCCUGCAGAGGAACGGUGGAUCAUUGAUUUGGAGGCUGGUGCCUUGGCACCGUGGUCGCCCCGCGAGCCGGAGCGGGGUUGGAACCCGGCUUCCACGGGGGGGGACGUGGCCAAUUCCUUCGCGGACGCUAAAGGCGCCACCGAUCAGCGGCGCGCCGGUCGGCGAUGGCUUCGGCACGUCGCCGGUGCCGAGAACCCCGGGAACAGCGAGCUGCUGUGGUAUGUGUGGGAGACCAGCCGUGGGCGUCAUGUGCCCGAUGAGGAUGUCAUUGCGGAUGCCGUCUGGUUGCCGCAGGCGAACUUCAGAAACCCAAUACUGAAGACCGGCUCCUGUCAAUGUAGUGUUCUUUUGCUGCGUGUGGCGCAUUGGAUGCCAUUUUGA